GCGUGUGCGUGUGUGGCGGCGGCGGCGGCGGCGGGGGCGGCUCGCGGCCCCUGCACGCCCUCGCCCCGCGCCAUGCCUCGGCCCCCGCGCCGCUCCCGGCCCCUGCGGCCGCCGCCCGCCUCCCCGCGGCUGCCGGGCUCCGCCACGCUGCAAAGUUGGGGGUAGGGGGUGGAGGGGACUCGCCGCGCCGCGCCGCUCCUGCCGCCGCCCCCCGCUUCGCAUUGUGCUGCGCGCGUGUGAGCCAGCGAGUGUGUCCCGGGCCGGCGGGAGGAGGGAGGCGUGUGCGUGUGAGUGUGCGGGUGAGUGUGCGUGUGCGCGCACGCACAAAAGCCGAGGCACAAAAAAAAAGAGAAAAAAAAAAAAAAGAAAAAGAAACUCUUGGAAAGCCGGGAGCAGCCGGAGCCGGAGCCGCCUCCAUCGGAUCCCCGGGGCAGCGGUGCAGGAAUUCAAGCUGUUUUGUUUUUUUUUGGUGGGGUUUUUUUGGGGGUCCCCCCCCAUCGCAUCGCCUCGAGGAUCCUGGGGGUUUGGGGGCAUCCUUUCUUCUUCUUUUUUAUGCUGCUCCUGCUUUUGGGCGGCCGAGGCUCGCGCUCCCCCGCCGGCCGCCCGCGGCUCCCCCGGGGGCCCCCGGCGGGCAGGCGCCGGGCCAGGAGGAUGAUCGCGCCCUGGGUGACUUUCGCCCUGCUCUGCGGAACUUUGUGCGCAGGGCCAGGACAUGGAGAGGCAGAAACCAGAGAGUGUAUCUACUACAAUGCCAACUGGGAGCUGGAGAAGACUAAUCAGAGUGGCGUGGAGCGCUGUGAAGGGGAAAAGGACAAGCGCCUUCAUUGCUACGCUUCCUGGAGGAACAAUUCGGGCUCCAUUGAGUUGGUGAAGAAGGGUUGUUGGUUAGAUGACUUCAACUGCUAUGACAGGCAAGAAUGUGUAGCUACAGAAGAAAACCCUCAAGUGUUUUUCUGCUGCUGUGAGGGGAACUAUUGCAAUGAGAAAUUUACUCACUUACCUGAAGUAACUGGUCCAGAAGUUAUAUAUGAGCCACCGCCGCCAACUCCCUCCCUGCUCAACAUCCUGGUUUACUCUCUGCUUCCAAUUGCUGUCCUAUCCAUGGCCAUCCUCUUGGCUUUCUGGAUGUACCGUCACCGCAAGCCCCCAUACGGGCAUGUCGACAUUAAUGAGGAUCCUGGCCCGCCACCCCCUUCUCCGCUGGUUGGCCUUAAGCCUUUGCAAUUAUUGGAGAUCAAAGCUAGGGGACGCUUCGGCUGUGUCUGGAAGGCACAGCUCAUGAAUGACUAUGUAGCAGUGAAAAUCUUCCCCAUACAGGAUAAGCAAUCUUGGCAGAGCGAGAGGGAGAUCUUCAGUACCCCUGGCAUGAAACAUGAAAACCUGUUGCAGUUCAUUGCAGCCGAGAAGCGGGGGACAAACCUGGAGACAGAGCUCUGGCUGAUCACAGCUUUCCAUGACAAGGGCUCUUUGACAGAUUACCUGAAGGGGAAUAUUAUCAGCUGGAAUGAACUCUGCCACGUUGCAGAAACAAUGGCCCGUGGACUGUCAUACCUACAUGAAGAUGUCCCUUGGUGUAAAGGGGAAGGACACAAACCCGCCAUUGCACACAGGGACUUCAAGAGCAAAAAUGUGUUGCUGAAGAAUGACUUAACAGCAGUUCUAGCUGACUUUGGACUGGCCGUACGGUUUGAACCUGGAAAACCCCCAGGGGAUACCCACGGGCAGGUGGGAACAAGGAGGUACAUGGCUCCUGAGGUGCUAGAGGGGGCAAUCAACUUCCAGCGAGAUGCCUUCCUGAGAAUAGACAUGUAUGCAAUGGGACUAGUAUUGUGGGAGCUAGUCUCCAGGUGCAAAGCAGUCGAUGGUCCAGUGGAUGAAUAUAUGCUGCCUUUUGAAGAAGAGAUUGGUCAGCACCCAUCCCUUGAGGACCUGCAAGAAGUGGUGGUUCACAAGAAGAUGCGCCCUGUUUUCAAAGAUCACUGGCUGAAACACCCUGGUUUGGCGCAGCUGUGCGUGACAAUUGAAGAAUGCUGGGACCACGAUGCAGAGGCCCGACUCUCAGCAGGCUGUGUCGAAGAGCGUAUUUCUCAGAUCCGCAAAUCGGUAAACGGCACUACCUCGGACUGCCUCGUUUCCAUCGUGACGUCCGUCACAAAUGUGGACUUGCCGCCCAAAGAGUCUAGUAUCUAAGUCCUGGUUCGCUUUUUUUUUCCAGACUCAGUGAAUUUAAAGAAAAAACAAAAGUGAAAAAAAAAACAAAACAAAAACCCAACAAACACAUGAAUGCAGCUGCUAUUUUAUCUUGACUUUUUAUUAUUAUUAUUGUUAUUAUUAUUAUUUUUUUGGAUCGGAUCAUUUUUACCAGCACAUUGCUCUACUGUAUUAAAAAAAAAAUGGACAUCUCAGCAAGCAUUCAGGCGCCGACUAAUGAAUGCAGAAAAGGUGCAGGUACCUCAGAACCUCAACAAACUCGCUUCAGUUUUGUUUUUAAUUCAGUUUUCUGGGUUUCUCUUUAUUGGUCUGUCUUCUACACAGAGCAUCUGUGACGUAAAGGAAAACCACCUACCAUCUUAGAAAACACAAUGCUGCAAACUUUGGAGAAAACUUAAGACUGUUACAUAAGAUUACACCUUCCUCAAAAGGAUAUUUUCCCCUGUUUUAUUUCCCCCACCCCUUUCUUUUCUUUUUUCUUUUUUUUUUUUUUUUUAAGACAGUGAGCUUCAAAAAAAAAAACAGCAGAUGUGUCUUUUACGGAUCUAACGGGUGUCAUUGUAACAUGGGAGGAAAAAAAAGAAACCGGAAAGCGAAUGUUAACUCUUUGAUGGUAGAGUUGAAGGGGGGAGUCUAGAAUAGGGGUUGGGGGAGAGCAACGUUGGACUUUGCAGCAUUUGGAGAAACAUCAUUUGCUAUGGAGCUACUUCUCAGGUAACCAGUUAACGAGGGGAAGGACAUUUUUGAGGCAGAGUAUUAUUCACUGCAGUGCAUGGAGAAAGUUGGGUUAAAGAGCCAAUGGCAUAAGCAAGGCACUAGUUCUUUCUUCCUCCACUAUCUCAGGCUUGGGUCUUAAAAGAACAACAACAAUGACAAAGACCACGCUUGUGUUUUAUUUUCUAAACCCCAGGUAAUAAGGGGAGGAAAGUGCUUUUAAGCAGCAUAACUAAGAGGGAACUAAGUAUGUUCUCAGAAAUGCCAUGUGAAGUAUGUACUGGAAGAUUUGAAAGCAUUUGCAUCUUGCUUUAAAUACUGUAGCAGUUCAGGGAAAAAGGCCUCAGGGUUGGAUGACUGCUUAGCCCCAGCUACUAGUGUAGAUGGAUAAAAGAAAAAAAAAAUGAAUUUCUGGAGGGAGAAACACAUGACCUGGGCCAAUGACAGACAACUGCUGUAGCACCCAAGAAGUAUAUGAAUUGUACAGUUAUAGAUCACAAGGAGUGGACCGAGCAGCAGUGGUGUUUAUCAUAGCAUCUUUUAAACUGGUUUCUUUGAUGCUGCUUUCUCCUUACUCUGUGACUAAACUCUUUUUGUCUUAAAGUGGUGCAUAUUUUAAAAUACCGUUACUCUAUUAUGCCAUAAACUUGCUCUAGUCAGUGAAUGUUCCUAAUGCUGCUGAUUCAACAUUUAAAUAUUUUUUUAAUUUGCAAAACAUGCAAUGUUUGAGAAGAAGAAAAAAAACAAACAACAAAAUACACACACACACACGUUACGCGGCUUUCGAGGUUUAAACUGAAAAAAAAAAUUAAACUUCACGACCACAGACCACCUCAAACCAGAAAUACCUCAGAAUUUUCUACUUGUAUGAGUUUUAUUAUAUAUUUUGUUAGUUGUGUUGUCUUGUAGUAAGUAUAUUUUAAUGUAAGUUGGCUUUUAUGACAAGGGAGUUUUAAAAAAAGAAAAAAAAGAAAAAAAGUUCCAAAAUCUUUUAGGAAGUGUUACCAUUUUUUUUUUUUUUGGUUUUGUUUUAUAAAGCACCAUUGUAAAUAACUGUAUACAGUUGUAGAAUAACUGCCUAUAUAAGGUACCUGGGCAUUAUUCACUCUUGUUUGUGAAGACUGUUUCCAUUCUGUGUUAUUUUGUUCGGUCUGUUUUAGUGAAAGGACAGUACAUCUUUUUAUUACGUGUUUUACUUUUUCUCAGCCUAUGAAAUCAAUAUGAACAUCAGUGUCUUGCUAGACUGACAAAGUUAUCCUGAUUUGAUUGCCAGGACUUUUAAACUUUUGUUUGCAUUGAUGCCAAAAUACAAUCCUAAACUAAUUACCCUGUUAAAAUAUACAAAUUGGUAUUAGAGAAACAGAUUGGGCAUUUUGUCGCGCACAGAUUGUCAACAGGGAAUGUUAGUGUAGGUGUCAUUUUUCAGCAAACAAAAUUACCAAUUGGAAGAAUAAAGUAUAACGCUGAAUAUUAUUUCUCAAAAGUGUAGCUUUAAAAAAAACCCCCACCACACUAGAGUCCACAAAAGGACAAAGUCCUUUUUCUUGGAGAGAGAUAAUUGCCUUAACUUGUCUAUUUAAAUAAAGUCUUAAACUAUUCUUUCAAGUUAAUGAAUGUAUAUGUGCAUAUAAAUACAUACACACAUGUAAGUGUAUUUGCUUGUGCAUGUGUGUGGCAGUUUCUGAUUCUUAAUGUGAUCCUGUACAGAACAUGUUAACAAAAACAGAAGCAAAAUCAUACCAUUCUGGCACACUUCAUGCCCCUGUUAGGGGAAGAGGGGGUAACAACUUUGGCAGUGAUGCUACAAACACACUUACGCUGAAUGAUAGGCAUGCAAAUAGCUUCAUUGAUGUCAACAGCACUAUUUACAUGCUGCAAGUGAAGCAUAUGCCUAUGUUUGCAGGAUCAGUGUCUGUCUUUUGUCCUUUGAGUACAUUUGUGCACUGAGAUAUAUAUAUAUAUAUAUAUAUAUAUAUAUAUAUAUAUAUAUAUACACACACACACACACGUUUGAUGCUUUGGAAAAGUGAUUUAAGCUUUGGGGGGUGGGAGUUUAGCGCAAAGACUGAAUAAACUAGUUUUUUUGGGGGGGGAUCUCUGUAUAGGGGAGUCGGUUCAGAUUGUUACAGAAAGAAAAAAGCUGUACUGUCUUUUAACUAUUCUGAUCUGUGUGCUGUUUUGGAUUUUUUUUCCUUCAGCAUUAAUGUGUAAAAGCUAAAACGGGCUUGUUACAGCAGUUGCUUUUUCCAAACAUGAUUUCGUUAAGAAGCUUUAAAGUAUUUAUUGAAAGUGCCAUAUGAUUUUAAUAGCCUAUUAGACGGUGUCUUCAACCUUCUCCUCGAGACAGCAUAAGCAAAACCUCUUACCACAUGUAGCUUCUUUUACUGCAGGGAACUGUAAGGACAUACAAACUUCGAUCACAUGCGGAUUGAGAUGUACUGGCAUUUUCCCUGGCUUAACAGUUCCUUACAGAUCAUUUUACUAAAUUAUGUCUAGAGUUGGUUAGAGGAAGUUUCUGAAGUGCAUGCGUGUCCAGUUAGAAAUGUUAAGGGCAACUGUGGGGCGGGUGGGUGUGCACAUCUAUCUCUUGGCUACUUACAGACAUGCACCAGUUCAGCUAAGCGUGUUAAAUAUGUGUUUGUUAAAUUGGUACAACGUUUUCAUGUAGAUGAUCCCUGAUGGUCUCAGCUGCCUAAUUUUCUAAAGACCAAGCAGAUAAUUUAAUGUCUGCAUUCUGUCAUUGGAAUUGUCCAUUUUAUUACAUUCGCUUAAAUGUCGUUCAGUACUGUAAAGGCAUUUCCCAAUUUAGCAAUAAGCUGUAUUCACAGCUGUAGUUUUCAUAAGCAACAGUUUUCAUCCAACACUCUUUUAAAUCAGAUUGGUUCAACCAGGUAUUAAUUGUAAAGUACUAGUGAUUGCCAUGUAUGUAGGCAAAGAUAGAAGCCUACAUAAAAUAUGCUCUUUAAAUAUUCUGCUCUUGCAGAAUCCAAAAGUGGGUCACUCCAUUUAUAAUUUAUAGUUUAAUAUUAAUCGGAAAUAACCUAAAUGGCAAUGAUAAUAGUAGAAGUUUCCUCGACCUCAGAGCCAAGAUUUUACCCUUUAUUUUAGUUGUCAAGAAGGUAUCAGGAUUUGGGUUGGAGUGGUAUUGUGGCCACGAUGGGCCAGGAAAUAUGAGAAGCAAGGGGUUUUUUUUGGUGAUAUCUUUCAUUGAACCAAUUGCAUAGUUGGGAGAGAUGUUAGACAAGCUUUCCAGCACAAGGUGCCCUUCCUCAAGGUUGGGAAGGAAGCAGGUCUAGCCUAAGCUAAAAACUAGAUAAAAGUGGCCUGUGUUUUAACUCCAUGUGUAAAAGAAAAAAGAGUGGAAAGAGGUUGUAAACCUGGAGCAAAGAUGUUAUCGCAAGGAGCUGCAAAAAGAGAUGUGCAGCUGAAGAGAUAAGCUAAUUAUGUAAAAGAAAAGCCCAUUCAGAAGGGAAAUAGGGUCUUUAUUAUCUGUGGAGUGCAGAGAGGUUAACAGAAACAGCAGUUCAAUUCUAACGAGGCGGGAAACGGUAGUGUAUGUUUAGUCCAUGGUCUUUAGCGUCCAGUAAAGCUGCGAGUGUUUGUUCCCAGGAGCGGUGCUUAACUUUCAGGAGUGGUGCAGCCCUGUCUGAUUCCAACGAAUCUGCAAAUUCUGCUAAAUACCUUGUCACAAGGACAUGAAAAAGGAAGGUAGAUUUCUCUUGAAUGUACGGACCGUGAAGUCAGGACAGAGAGAUCGUCCUUGAAAAGUGUUCUCCCACAAGUGCUUUGGGUGGUCCUGUCCUGCAUCCAACAGAGUGGCUGUUUCCUUCCACCCGCAUGGGCCUGGGACGUAGCGUGCCACAUUCGGUAGACCUGUGUAGGAUGUAUGGAUUAAAUUUGUUCAUUUUCAUGGGUAAGUUAAGUACGAGCUCACACUUUAAGAUGCAAAAGGGCACUUAUGGCCAAAAGCUUGUCAUAUCUCUCCCAGUGAUAUAGUUGGGCCAGUAAAAGUUAUCCUCCAAAAACCUUGUUCCUUGCAUAUUUCCUGCGCUGUCAUGUGUGCAACAACGCUCCUUCCCUACUCUUCCAAGAUGGGAACUUCUCCAAGAACAGAAAAUGUCUGUUUGUGACAGAGCUAUGGACUCGCUAAUCCCAUGAUAAUAUCAGAGCAGCGGCUUUGGAAAUGAGUGUAGUGCUCUCGUUUUAAAUAUAUGUGCAUUUUAGAAGGAAAGGCUGUAAAUUAGUCUUGGAUAAGCAUCAGUUAAUUUAUUCAUGCUGAUUAAAGGUUUUAAAUAGGUCUGGAUCAUCAAAUAAUCUCCAACAACCUGGUAAAGGAAGUAAAUUGUUCGUUCUUUCUUUUUUUGCCACCAGUAUGGCGGAGAGGUUUUGGUACUCUUCAGGGCUGCUGACAGGUGGGGAAAGACAAAACAAAACAAAACAACACUUUACUGGAAGAGUAAUCACAUCAGUUUGACCCAGCUUCCUGGCACCUGUAUAGCUUAUGCACUUCAGCGGUGGGGUUUGGCUCUUUUAUUUAAUAGCUGAUCCAAUCAGCUAUUAGAUAAAAGCACCAAAAAGCCCCGCUGAAGUACAUGAGCUGUACAGACCCUGGACAGUUCCUUUUCUGGGUAUGUGCUGCACUUGGCAUGGGGGAGCACUGAGCUGAAAGUAAAAUGCUGUUUUUUGGGGACCCCCCCCCCACAUCUGUAAGCACCCUAGAAGUCUAAGUUCUGUGAACUUAGGAGCGGUAUACCCCAGAAGUGAUUUUUUAAUUAUUUUAAUUCCUUAACAGAGACUAUUGACAGUCUUUUGUGCAUUUUAUUCUCAAAAGAUAAGCCAUGUUUUACAAGGCAGUCAAGUGAGCCACGGUUAAUAUUUUUAGAGUUCAGUUGCCAGAAAGCUAAGCAGCCAGCCAUGGAUUGAAUAGUAGGGAUGUUUUGCAAUUCUUUUCCUAAUGUUAAAGUCCAGUAAAAAAAAACCCAACAAUAAAACUUCUGGAGUAAGGUACUUUUUGAUGUGAAUGAAGGCAUCACAAUCUAGCUUAUAAUAACCUAGUAGCACAUGCUGUGAGAAAUCGUUGAUUGCUGUAAUGAUACAGGCAGAAUCCAUUCAUUCCUGAAGUUAUACACUCUUGUAAAGGAUUACACUAUUGAUUGUCAGUCGAGGUAUGAAUAAUAUACUACUUCAUUUUAACUUUAAAUAAAAAUUAAACUAAAAUCCAUUUGAGAUAUAACCAGUCACUAAUUCCUCCUGCCAUUUUGUCAUGCCCUUGAAAAAAAUCAUUACAAACUCCUACCCUACAAAUUUGAAGGAAACUCAAGUCUUGCAAUAGUUAAUAGUAAAACUGUUAUGAAUUAUAUUGUCACAAUAGUUACUUUCAACAUAAUCCACCUUUCUGUGUCUACUGAGGUCAGAAUAUGUGAGUGUAAGACGGGGCCCCUAGUUCUUGUUAUGAAUGCAUACACAAGUUUAAGCACUUUCUGUAGUCGAGGGCAUCGCCCCACACUUGAAUUCCUCUAAUCAUUUGGUUUGGUUAACCUGUGAUGCUUCCUUUAUAUUAUUGAUCAGGACACACAAAGACUGACUUGUUCACAUCUUCACAUCCUCUAGGUUGCAGUAUUGUUUUAAGCACAAGAAUGUGAACACAGCCCCAAACUGAACACGGCUUUUCUUUAAUGAGGGGCCUUCAUGAAUACAGAGUCACUUCAAAGUAUGAGCCAGAAUGUCUUGGUGCUCUUAUUACCCAUCUUUCUCAUGCUUUCAAAGUGCAAUUCUGUUACAGGAUAAAACAUGGUAGGUAAAAAUUACACCUGCGGAAAUGCUACACCUCUGGGGUGUGUACAGGUGUUAGAGGCAAGACGCAGGAAACGUCAUUGUCCUAAUUCUGUAAUUAGCAAGAAAACUCCUUUUUCCCUGGUACUGUGGACUCCACCUUGUUUCUACUGAAGUCAUUCACAUCAGUAGGAGUAGGAUGGGAUCUUGGAAGCCCACUCAGAUGCAAAAAUGCAUUGAUUUCUUAGCCCACAGCAUGUAAACUGAGAAACACCAGUUUAAUUCCUAUAGCACUGGCUCGUAGGCAGACUGUAACAUACCCUGUUUUCUGGAUAAAAGAUAUUCUUGUUAGGAAAGUAAGAGACUCAAAUUGCAGAAGACGCUACUGCUUGAUAGCACUGUGACCAUAAUGUUGUAGUUCUUGUUCAAGUAGUACUCCAGUUGAGGUGGUUAAGCAAGAAGCAUCCCCAGUCUAACACUUUUGCAUACAAAAUAUUGUUUGGUGGCAUUGUAAAUAAAAAGUAGGCUAUAUAAUAAUAGGGAAAAAUAAGGAUGGUUUGACCUUUUUUACUUUGGGGAAAAUAUAUAUUUUUAGUUGCAUAUACAAUCAAAUUCUACAUUGUGUGAAAAUUCUUUUAUACCACAGAUUAUUUUUGUAAAGUCUAAUAUGUUUCUGCAGGGAAAAGGGAGAGAGGUCUGUGUAAACACAGCAAAAAUAUAGAUUAUAUAUAAUGUUGAAUCUAACUGCAGUACAUCAGAAUUUAGCAGAUAGAAAAGUCAAGUAUGAAACCAAUUUAAGCAGCAGGUUUGGAAGUACUUGGACAUGUUUUGGGGACUGCACUAUUUAUAUUGUUAAAAUUGGUUAUAUCGCGUCUCAUCCUUUCUGCAAAAGAUGCUUGUUGCUUUUGUAUGGCCAUCUUCAGAUUUAACCAGGAAGAUUUUUUUUCACGUAUCCAUGUAAAACACCAGGUGGUAAGCGGUAUGGGUUUGUGUUUGCUCUGGUGCUGUAGUAGGUUGUGAAGUCAGUGUUAAGAAUUUAAAAAGACCAAAUACUUGGGCUGAUCUAACUGUUUGCCACAUUCAUUUACUAUAAAUGCUUCUGCUUCCUGGACGAUGUGAUCUGUAAGGAGCUGUUGCCAGUAAAUAUUGAUAAAACAAAUUCGUAGAAGUCCCUUCCCUCUUAAACGUACUGACAGCCUACACAAGUCAGACUUUUCCAGGGUUUCUGCAUUUCUGAAGUCAGAUUUCACUGCCAGCAGGUUAGGGGCGGUCCGGCCCCUGAUAAACGUGUGGGACACUGCCAUAUUAAUAAUCGUCUUCAGAAAAGAAAGCUUCCUAAACUGUUACUCCUAGGUGUUUCUGCAAGAAUUUAAAAAAUGUAGAUCUGCUGUUCCUUCUUUUUUUCUUCUAAGUCAAGUUGGGCAGUGUAAUUGGACUAGAUGGUAAAGAAAACUGGAAAGUGAGACUGGUUCUUAUACACUACCCUGAUGCCACAAUGCCAGAGUUGCAAACUCUGCAGGAAACAGCUUGAGACCAAACAAGAAAGUGUUUCCAUUGAGAUGAAUGCAGUUCUGUGGCAUUCAGUGGACUUGACCACGUCCCUUUUGAAAUCAGGGCUUAGAAAGCUUAAGGCGGUUCUGCCUUAUGUAGUUAGAAAUCAUUCUUCCACAUCAGUCUUUCCAGGUGAAAUUUUGGUCCCCAUUAAAGCCAGCGGCAGGCUUGCUAUUUCCAUGAGCGGAGCCAGGAGAUGCGCGUGUUCCUGAUGCACUUUCUGAAUGUCCCUGGUGAACCUGUCCUCUUCUUUACAUUCAACUUCUGUUCUCUAAAACUUCUGGUUUACGGCAAAGUUCUUUCUCUCUCUCUAACUAAAGUUAUAGCUUAUGAAGUAAGCAGUAAUCCUUUCUACUUGUACACUGCCAGAGGAAAAAAAUCAUACUUCUGUUAUGUCCAUCCGAAAUGUAACACUAUUCUGUUGUGCCUUUAUUUUUCCAUGUAAAAGCAACUGCUGUAAGCUAUAUUUUUACUUGUUUUUUCUGUCUGAGAAAACACUUUUCAUUGCCCAGCUGUUGUUUCUGGAUGCAUUCUGUGAUCCAGGUAUUUCAAGAACCAAUUACCUCAAACCUCACAUUAAACAGUGUUGCUAUCUGGAUUCUCCUUGAUACUACAAUAUUGUAACAUACGCAAACAGGAACCCUGCUACAUAUGGGUGUUUUUAUAUUAUAUAUAUAUAUAUAUAUAUAUAUAAUAUAUAUAUAUAAAUGGCAAAUGAUCCCCAAGGACUGAAGGAAAAAAGCAAACCUUUUUGUUUUCCAACAUUAAAACCAGAAGGGCUUCUGGAAAGCUCUAUAAUGGCAUUGUGCUGGAUGUGAUUCAAGAGGCUGUUAUCCGAAAAGUGCUUUCUUUGUUCUCUUUCUAGUAUUUUCAGUAUUUUAUUGGCACACAUUAUAUGAUUAAAAUGCUGUUCCUGCAUUUUUGCCCCCUUUCGAAGCAGAGGGCAGGGGGGACAAUUCCAGUUGCUAAAAACUGUAGACCAUUCGGCUAAGGUUGGUAUGGUUAAACCAUAAUGAACCACCAUGCCUUCUGGGAAAAUUACUGUAAAAAAUUGUUUUUUUUGUGAAAAGGAAAGCAUUGGCCAUGACUUGUUCAAUUUUCUCUCCCAUUCUAAAAAAUUAAAGUUUUACCCAGUGACCAUCAUAGUCAUUUUAAAAUCCCGGUUGAGUAGCUGUUAGUAGCAUUUCUUGGCCGCACAUUUGCCCAUAUAAGAAGAUAGCUAGGGGGAUCAGGAUUGAGAUAUUUUACGGAGUUGUGCAUGGAGUGUAAUGAUGAAAACAACGUUCUCUGGAUAGCAGGGGGCAUAUUGGCAGAUCUUUAUAAUUUAAAUGGAUCUUACUUCCCCCACCCCCUUCUCCUGUGGGUUGUCUUAUGAAGAACUUCAACCCUAAUGGAUUAUUUCAUAACAGCAUUUGAUUGAGAGAACUGUAAGCCUACCAGUCUCUCCAGAAGGAAAAAUCUAUAGUCCUGUUCUCACCAGCCAUGUCUUUUUGAGAGCUGUGUAUUAAACGGUUUAUAAUUUUAGCUAGGUACCUGAUGCACCAAUAUAGUUCACAUUUUAUGUAUGUGAAAUGGUAACCUUUCUAUCCAAAGAUGAACUAAUCGGAAGGAAGGAAGAUCAGUUGCUCCUUUUUUUAGGACCUGUGUUAGUUUGUCAAAUGUUUAUGUGGCUAUUGAUGGUCACAGGGAAUCUUUAAUAAAUCAUAUACAAAAGUAUUAAAAUUUCUCAGAAGGCGAUAUUUUCCAUGCCAAUGGCUUUUCCAUGGAAUCAUGUAUUGAUGCAAAAAGAGAUGUUUAAUGGGCCCCAAAUAAAGAAGGUGGUUACUGCAAACUAACAUGCUUCUUGAUCCCAAGUCUACACCCAAAAUCCGCACAAUGCCACUGCCAUCCUGUUCAGAAUAUCUGCUUAAUGAAUUCUGCAUGAUUGUCAUGAUAGAGUUGAAGGCCUAAUCUUUCACCUGUUAAUAUUUUUCACAUUUGUCCUUAAGUUUGACGAAUUUUAUACUGUGAAGUGGACUUCAGUACAAUUUGUCAAUUCUUGUGGAAAGAGCUUUCUGCAUGUAACAUUAGACGCAUACAGUUAAACAACACAGCAUAGUACAAAACUCACAAGAAAAUGUUUUGGCACCAGCAGAAAGAAAUCUCACCCUAACCAUGUGUCAUUUAAAACCAUCAUAUUGUCAGUUUUACCAGCUACUUCUAAAUUUGUGCUUUAUUUAAAGAAAUAAAAUAAAAAAUCCUAAGACUUGUCUAGCUUAGUGAAAUAUGUGCAUAUCAGUUUUAGGAUGGAUAGCUAAGUCUUAUUACGCUGUGUUACUUAACUUGUAUAUAUAUAUGAGUAUACAUAAGAGUUUGCAGUAACCUGUUUCUCCAGGAUUUCCAGUGUGAAUGAUGUAAUAACUCAGAUGAUGAGAUUAAGUAAAUGAUUUAGAAGAUGGCAAAAGUAAACUGAGUGUAAAUUACAGGAAGCUCUAUCAGAUGGUGAAAUAAUUUUUAAAGACUUUUGGUCCUUGGCUCAAAUUCAAUAAGUACUGUUUGUAUACCAAGAUAUGUGAAAUGUAAAUGUUGUAGGUUAUAUUUCACUCUUGUAGCUAUAAAAAUGUAGAACAGAAAUAGCUUGUACUACUGAGUUAACAAAAAUUAUACUAAAGUAUCCUGUUAAAGAAAAAGAGUAUACAGAAGAGAUAAGCUCGUUGCUGUAACCCCUUUUGGAUUGAAGAGUGUGCUGAUUUUUUAUAUAUAUUAUAUAUAUAUAUAAAAAUAUAUAUAUACAUAUAUAAAAUGGCCUAAAGCAGACAUCCAUUGUAUUGCGGUUAUGAAAUGAAGACAUUUUGGAAAGAACAUUGUAUCAUAGUUCAUAAAUUUGCAGUGGAUCUUUGUUCCUUUUUACUGUGGUAUUUUAGAAAUGAGUCUCAAGUUUGAAACUAGAUCUGCCAAGUUGGGGUUUUGCUGCUUCAGCUUUGCACUGGGUGCCCGAAUAAACCAGUAUGAAUGUAGUAUUUGCUCAGUGUGAAGCAGCUGCACCCCAACUGAUAGGAGGAAAAAAAACCCUAGAAAGAAUUAUUUCAAGUUUAUCUUUUUGUAUAUGAAAAUAAACAAUAAAUUACAAAUA